CCCCCACCAUCACUGCAGCUCAUUGUGUCACAGACGAUUUUUCUCCCGUCUCCUCGUCUAAUUAUUUUUAGCCUCACUGUCGUCAUUCACUCCACAUUUCCUCUAAUUAAAGUCAGACUCUGGUAAUGUGUGAAACACUGAACGCGGUUCGGUGUGUGUGUGUGUGUGUGUGUGGCGGCAGCUGGAGGUUAGUGUAGCAGCGGCCCAGGUUGACCGAUCGAUGCGCUCAUCUGUAUGCGGAUCACGGAGCUGCGACAGCUGCUCUCUCCAACGUCCUCUUUCAUUCUUUCUGUUUCUCAAUGCGUUUGUUUCAAGCCGUGCGUUUAAUUCUCCUACGGCGGAUAAUUGUCGCCAUCGUGCGUUCGCGUGUGGUAAUGAUUCUGAAAUGCAACAUGGUCGUUUGGAUCGUUAUAUGCGCCUGACGCCCUCUGGUGGAAGCUAAUGCAGUGUCACUGUUUUGUCUCGAGCGGACUGAAGAUUAGGGACCAAAAAGAAAUAGUAAUUAUGUAAAUAUAAUUUUAAAUUUAUCUUAAUUAUGUAUGCAAAAUAAAAAAUGUUAAUUUAAAAAAGUAUUCAAGUAAUGGAUAAUCUUCAGUGUAGGAAGUAAUUAGUCCAGUAUUUAGUCCAACACCUGUGAAGGACACUGUCAUUCACUUCACCUGCUGGUGGUCUCUGUGUCCUGUGUGACGUGAUGUCCUUUUCAUAAAAAAGUUAAAAGUCCACAGUGUGAGCAGUGAGUGUUGACACUGGACAAACUCAAACCGUCAGACAAUGUGGUAUAAAUAGACGUGACUAAGACACGGAGCCGCUGCCAGGCAGCUGUUUACACAGACACCGUUCUUCUCAGACGUCCGCAGCAUAUGUCCACAUUACAGAUCAGUGGCCGUAGUGCUUGUUUUAACAGCUAUAAGCUAGCUAACAUUUGGCCAAACGUAUAACACAGGGUUAGAUUAGAGGUUAAACAUGAGUCAAAUAGCUAACUAAAGUUCAACAAAUACUGAUUGAUGGGUAAGAUGUUGACUAAACAAUUAGCCUCAAAUUACGUUUAAACCAUAUUUUUAAUUUUUUUUAUUUAUAACUAUAAAGUAAGUUAAAGUAAGUAAAUAAAUAAUAGCUGAUUGUUGUUUGAAUGAAUUGACCUGUAAACAUAGUCCAAAAACAAACCCUUAUAUAUAUAUAAAAAAAACAAACUUUCAUUUCAUUCACCGAUGGUUCGUUCGAUGUUCGAAGAUGUAACGACAUACUUUUCAUUUUAUUAAACGCUUGUUCCUUCGUGCUCUUAUUUUGAAACCACCGCACGGGAAGUGUCCCUGUUUGUGUCCACCGUGGACUUGACGGUGUUUUGGAAGGCGAGGUCCUCUUACAUUUGGAAGUCUAAAUUUAGGGACGCGCCCCAAGUGUAAAUGACGGCAGCGGACUAAAGUGAAGCGUGUCUCCGUCUGCGUGUCACCGGUGACGGGACAUGGGGUCGUGCUGUCCAACUGUUGUCGAUGACACGCCGUUUAUUUUGGGUUGUUGUUGUCAUCCUGCCGUAGCAGCUGCGGCUGCGUGACUUCACGGUAUAAAGGGACUCCUUCAAAAUGCAGCUGUACAACAGCGCGCUGACACACUACCCGAGGUCGUCGCACAAACUUAAUAUAACUUUAUCCGCCGCUUCCGAGCGACUAAACGGGACAAACGCCGCCGCCUCGGAGGCCGACCAGCCGGGAUUAACUCAUCCAGAGGCAGACGCGACUGCAGCGGCCAGCGAGGAUUCGGUGAGAGGGACGCCUUCUUCCGCAAACAUGCCUGCCUUUUCCUGCUACGAAGCCUCGUCCAUGAGGCCCAUUUACUUCACGUCCACUGCUGAGAUUCUAAUCAGGAGACCGGAUGGAUCCGAAACAUCUGUGCCCGUUCACAUCAUGAGGGAGUCCCAGACCAAAUCCGCGCCCCCGGACCCACGUCACGGAGAAAGCAUCCUGUGUAAUGACUGUGACAGUGACGUGAUUGUGGAGCUGAUAGACCAUCUGAGGAAUGGAAGGGAAGAAUUCUUUCCUGACGGUCGGGAACCGUCUGUCAAUCAUGUUUACACCAGGAGUAACAUCUGUGGACCCAGGGUAGAAGAAGACAACCAAAGGAUUGUGGGUAAUCUCGGUCAGGCGGAUGACUUGUGUUUACUGACCGACGUCAGAGGCAGUGAAUGGACCUCUCUUCAUGAAGCAGAACCCGUUCUGUCCACAGCGGCUCAGUCUGUGCUUCCAGUGCAGGAGAACGUCCAGGUGGCUGCGGCUCCGUCUCCUCCAGACGGACCACAGGACUUUGAGCUCAGUGUUCUGCAGGAUUCAGGUCCGCAGAGAUGCAGAGAGAGAGGGGAGGUCAACGACAAAGUGAGCCGGUACCUGGCCGAGGUGGAGAGGCAGAACAAGUACCUGCAGGAGAGGAACAAGUACAGGUACCACAUCAUUCCAGAUGGGAACUGUCUGUACAGAGCCGUGUGCAAGGCCACGUUCGGGGACCAGGCGAGACACGGCGAGCUGCGGGAGCAGACCAUGCACCACAUCGCCGACCACCUGGACCAGUUCAACCCCAUCAUCGAAGGGGACGUCGGGGAGUUCCUGAUCAACGCCGCUCAGGAGGGAGCCUGGGCCGGAUACCCAGAGCUGCUCGCCAUGAGUCAGAUGCUGAACGUCAACAUCUACCUGACCACAGGGGGCAGCCUUGAGAGUCCCACCGUCUCCACCAUGGUGCACUACCUGGGCGAGGAGGACGGGUCCAAACCCGCCGUGUGGCUGAGUUGGCUCAGCAACGGUCACUACGACGUCCUCUUGGACGUGUUUCUGCCCAACCCCGAGUACGAGGACUGGUGCAGACAAUCGCAGAUGCAGCGGAAGCGAGACGAGGAACUGGCCAAGUCCAUGGCAGCCUCGCUGUCUAAAAUGUACAUUGAACAGAACGGGACAGUGUGAGAGGAACGUUUGUAGGACUGAGGAAGUGCAGUGCACGGACCCUGGUGUGACCUGUGCCAACACUGAGACAGAGUCAGAACAAUUAGCUUUUGUUUUUAAAAAGUGUGCAAACCUGUCUGUCCUGAUGGAGCGUCAGUUCUGUCAACAUCGCAGCAGAGACAACUGUUUCCUGUUUCCUGUUCACACAAGUGCCCCAGAUAUUCAACUGAAGAUAUUUAUUUACUGCUCACCUGCAGACUUUAUUUUUCUAUGCUCCUGGUGUCAGCUUCUUCAUACUCAGAGACGCAGUUUGCAUCUUGAUGAUUCAGUCUGAUGUCACUUUACUCUCUUUAUGCACAAAUGUCCAAUCAGACUAGUCUGGAAAGUAUCUGUAUGUAUAAUUAAAGCUUUAUUUUUUCUAUUGUUGCCUUUCUUUGAAGGAAUUUUGACACAGAUAUGCAAAUAAAGUUGACAAAAAAAA